ACUUGGGUGAAAGUUGUCCUUAAUACUUCUAUUUCUCUGUAAGAAAUAUGGCGAAACGAGUAAAAUACAGUUUACGUUGUAAUUAUUGUGUUUGUGAAUAAUCGUAGUGACACUAUACAUUAAGAUUGUGGCUAACCAGUUUUAAUGUUAGAACUAUUUAAUAAACAUUCAGUGACAUGGAAGAAAAAGAUGUAACAUUCAUUUUGCAACUUGGGUUAAUUCGUGACUCUGUAACAUUGAAUGCAUCUUCUUUUACUUUAAGAACUUUAAAAGAAGCAGCAUGUGAUUUUGUGAACAUAAAAUGUCCUGAUCAUAGCCUCACUCGAUUAGCAGAGAGGAUUUUACUGUUCCGUCAUAAUUAUUCAUGUGAUCAAAUUCUUGUACCUGUCAAUAAUGUUAUUGAUAUAAGUGAUGAAACUAUAAUUGAAAUAAUUCUGUCAGGUCAAUCAUUAUCCGAGGAAUAUGAGAGCUCAGUUAUUAAACCACAUUCUUUAGCAGUACAUUCAUAUAAAACUCCGACAUUUUGUGAUUAUUGUGGUCAAAUGCUAUUUGGGAUAGUACGUCAAGGUUUAAAAUGUUCAGGUUGUAAUUUAAAUUACCACAAAAGAUGUGUUGUUAAACUGCUCAAUGAUUGCGGAGGUGGUAGCAGACAUAAAAAUAGACAUAAAACAAGUUCUUCUAAUUUAAGUGUUUCAACUCGUAGUCCAUCAAAUGUUUCAUUGAUAUCUGCAGUAUCAGAUGAAUCAGGAAUUAGUGGAAAUUUAUUGAAUGUACCUAUGAAAAGCAAAAGCCGAUCACCCUCUCCUGUCAAAAUACCACACACAUUUGUUAUACAUUCAUAUACUAGACCUACAAUUUGUCAACAUUGUAAAAAAUUGCUUAAAGGAAUUUAUAAACAAGGAGUACAGUGCAAAGAUUGCCAUUAUAAUGUGCAUAAAAAGUGUAUGGACGAUGUGCCAAAAGAUUGCAUUAGUGAUUAUCCAAUUGAUUUAAAUGAAAGUGGUGUAGGCAGUGAAUCCGAGCAUGAAGGGUCUGGCAGCAAAGGUGAAGACGAUAGUGAUGGUGAAAAUAAUACACCAUCACCUCCUUAUGUUGUUCCAACAAUGGUAACUAAUUCUCAAAACGGACAAAGUUCUUGUAAUCUGGAGACUGUUGGACAUUUUACAGAUAAUAUAAAUCAUACUCCUCAAGAUGAUUUAAAUUAUGUUGGUUCUACAUCUAGUAAUAAUAUUCCAUUGAUGCGAAUAGUUCAAUCUAUCAAACAUACUAAGAGACGAUGUGGUUCAAAAGUCAUAAAAGAAGGUUGGUUAGUUCAUUUUACUAACAAAGACAAACAGAGAAAAAGUCAUUAUUGGAGGUUGGAUUCAAAAGCUAUUACACUAUUUGUUAAUGACAAAACAUCAAAGUAUUACAAAGAAAUUCCUUUGUCCGAAAUACUUUACAUUGAUAGUGCAAUUGUUCCUCGAGCUCCUGGUCCAAUGCAUUGUUUUGAACUUAAAACUACUAACCUUGAGUAUUAUGUUGGUGGUGAAGAACAAAACUUAUCUGGAGGAACAAAUGUCGAAGAUAAUUGUAGUGAUACUUGGACCAAGGGAGAGAAAGACUGGGAGAGUAUAAUUCAACAGGCAUUAAUGCCUGUACCAUCCAACUCUACAAUGUCACGUUCAGUUAAUGAGACUAAUGAGCAACAACAAAGUGUGACAGAUAUGAGCCAAUUGUAUCAAAUAUUCCCUGACGAAGUGUUGGGUUCCGGUCAAUUUGGAAUUGUGUAUGGAGGUAAACAUAGAAAAUCAGGUAAAACUGUUGCUAUUAAAGUAAUAGAUAAACUAAGAUUUCCUACUAAACAAGAAGCUGCUUUAAAAAAUGAAGUAGCCAUUCUUGGAAAAUUAGAACACCCUGGUGUGGUAAACCUUGAUUGUAUGUUUGAGACAACAGAGCGUAUUUUUGUAGUCAUGGAAAAAUUGAGAGGAGAUAUGUUGGAAAUGAUAUUAUCCAGUGAACGCAGACGAUUAUCAGAACGUAUUACCAAGUUUUUGAUUACCCAAAUAUUGAUAGCACUUAAGCAUUUACAUAGCAAAAACAUAGUUCAUUGUGAUCUAAAACCAGAGAAUGUUCUUCUUAGUUCAAAUUCUGAUUUCCCACAAGUUAAGUUAUGUGAUUUUGGAUUUGCUCGAAUAAUUGGUGAAAAAUCAUUUCGUCGAUCAGUAGUUGGAACUCCUGCUUAUCUUGCACCUGAAGUUUUACGAAAUAAAGGAUAUAAUAGAUCUUUAGAUAUGUGGAGUGUUGGAGUUAUAGUUUAUGUCAGCCUAAGUGGAACGUUUCCUUUUAAUGAAGAUGAAGAUAUUAAUGAUCAAAUACAAAAUGCUGCUUUUAUGUAUCCAAGAAAUCCAUGGAAAGAAAUUUCACAUGACGCAAUUGAUCUUAUAACUAAUUUGUUACAAGUAAAGCAAAGAAAACGAUUUACUGUUGACAAAUCAUUAGUACACGUUUGGUUACAGGAUUAUCAAACAUGGUGUGAUUUAAGAGAACUCGAAAAAUCAACAGGAAAUGGUACUCGAUUUUUAACACAUGAAUCUGAUGAUGCCCGUUGGGAAACGUUUCAAAGGCAUUCAAGAUUUUUAUGA